CGACGACCUCGUGACGCACAUUCCCUCGAAACGAAACCCCGUUCGAGUCUGGGAAAUUUUUGCACGUUUUUAAUCAAUAUGACGCAACGCAAUUGAAAGUAAUUGCUAAACGCACUUGAUUACACAGCAAACUAAUCUUGGACAAUCGACUGUCGCCAAGUUGUGUGGGGCAAAAUCCAGUUCUCGACAUAACUUCCUACGGCGAGGUACUUAAAAGAGGAAGAGGCGCUCGUUGUUCGCCCAACACCGACUCUGCAAACAAACUUUUAUCUAAUUAAUUAAUUAUUAAGUCACUUAAUUACUCUGCGGCGUUUAUCAGUACGGUUCUAUAAAUAAAAGUGAAGUAGUGGGUUUUCCGUCAGUUUGGAGUUCACUUUUCUACUUUCAUGAUGUAUGAAAAUAGUGUUUUAUUUAUACUUUUUAGUGUUUUACUUUCGUGCAUUUUAAACGCCGACGCCCUCAAAUGUUUCCAGUGCAACACGUACGAGAACCCAGCUUGCUUGGAUGUGACUGCGGAAGACGUCAACAGUCCCCUCCUGAAAGAGUGCGAGCAAAUCCCUGGCGGCCCGGAGCCGUUUUGUAGAAAAAAUCGAUACUCCCUUUUCUCCUACGAUGGCUCCGUACGCGUGCAGAGAGGGUGCGGAUGGAUGGUUUUUAGAGAAAAUGUCAGUCUGUGUUACGAUGCCGACACAGACUUUAAAGACGAAAGAAACUGUCAAUGCUUUACAGAUGGCUGUAACGUAGCUUCCACGCCAUUGGCAGUUUUUUACCACGUUCUCGUAGGAAUUUUAGUUGUCAUGGGAACCGCACGAGCUAUUUUCACCAAUUAGAUUAAUUACUAUCGAUGACGGUAAUGCGAUUCUGUCACGCGUAAAAGGUGCCAUUAUGUAAUAAGGUGAUAAUUAAGUUUUGCAGAUUAUGUGCCAAUUGUAUAGUGUAAUGUAGUAUUAGAAUAAGAUGCUCAAUAUUUUAUAAACGGAACAUUCCAAAAAUUAAAAAAAAGGAUUGCAGAUGGUGCCGACACGCGUGACGUCAAAAGGCCAUCGACAUAUCUUGCUCCUAAUCAGACUCUGGAGGAAUGCAGAUAGAAUCACGUCAAUGACGGGCGACCUACUUAUCUUCCCUUUCUAUUUUUUGAGCAAGUGUACUUUCUAAUAUAGGAGCUUAGAGGAGUCACUGUGGUUUAGCAACUAUCCCGGAAAUCGCUUUUGGAAGUAGACAUUAAGUUCGUGUGUUUCGUUUCCACACCGAAGUUGAUGAAUAAAUGAAGAUUUUCAACUCGAA